AUGAAUAAUAGAAGUGUGACUGAAUUCAUUUUGUUUGGGUUGACACAGGAUCCUGGAAAGCAGAAAGCCAUAUUUGGCAUCUUCUUGAUUCUUUACCUGAUGACUCUGACUGGGAAUUUUCUCAUCGUGGUGACCAUUAAAACCAGCCAGACACUGGGGACUCCCAUGUACUUUUUCCUCUUCUACCUCUCCUUUGCUGAUGCUUGCUUCUCCACAACCACAGCCCCCAGGUUGAUUGUGGAUUCCAUUUCACAAAAGAAGAAAAUUUCCUACAAUGAGUGCAUGACUCAAGUUUUUGCUGCCCAUUUCUUUGGGUGCAUGGAGAUCUUUGUGCUCAUCCUCAUGGCCUUUGAUCGUUAUCUGGCCAUAUGCAAGCCUCUGAGAUACACAACCAUCAUGAGCCAGCGUGUCUGUGGAAUUUUAAUAAUGAUGGCCUGGGUGGGAUCUUGCAUUCAUUCUUUGGCACAGAUUUUCCUGGCUUUGAGAUUACCCUUCUGUGGCCCCAAUGUAAUCGAUCACUAUUUCUGUGACUUGCAGCCCUUAUUGAAACUUGCCUGCAUGGACACCUAUGUGAUCAAUUUGCUAGUUGUUUCUAAUAGUGGAGCUAUAUGCAUGGUAUGUUUUAUGAUCCUGCUGACUUCCUAUGCUGUCAUUUUAUACUCUCUGAGAAACCACAGUGCCGAAGGAAGGCGCAAAGCCCUGUCCACUUGCACCUCUCACUUUAUUGUGGUUGUCAUAUUUUUUGGUCCCUGCAUAUUUAUAUACACACGCCCACCAACUACCUUUCCAGUAGACAAGAUGGUAGCUGUGUUUUACACAAUUGGCACACCCUUGCUCAAUCCUUUAAUCUAUACCCUGAGGAAUGCAGAAGUGAAAAAUGCCAUGAAAAAACUAUGGUGUAGCAAAGAAUGA